GGCGGUGCCUCAGGUCGGUACAGUCAUCCUUCUGCCUGUUCGGCGGGACUGAUGGCCGGAGAGAUGACGAUCUUAGGUUCAGCUGUUUUGACUCUCCUCUUGGCUGGCUACUUGGCACAACAGUAUUUACCAUUGCCUACGCCCAAAGUGAUUGGCAUUGACCUGGGUACCACCUACUGUUCAGUUGGUGUGUUUUUUCCUGGGACAGGAAAAGUGGAGGUGAUCCCAGAUGAAAAUGGGCAUCUCAGCAUCCCAAGCAUGGUGUCCUUCACGGACGGUGAUGUGUAUGUGGGCUAUGAGAGCCUGGAGCUGGCUGAUUCAAACCCUCAAAACACAAUCUACGACGCCAAACGGUUCAUAGGGAAGAGCUUCACCCCCGAGGAGCUGGAGGCUGAAGUUGGCAGAUACCCAUUUAAGGUUUUACACAAAAAUGGGAUGGCUGAGUUUUCUGUGACAAGUAACGAAACCAUCAUCGUUUCUCCAGAGUAUGUCGGCUCUCGAUUGUUGCUGAAGCUGAAGGAAAUGGCUGAGGAAUACCUUGGCAUGCCGGUUGCCAAUGCUGUCAUUUCUGUGCCUGCAGAAUUUGACCUACAACAGAGAAAUUCAACAAUCCAAGCUGCCAACCUUGCUGGACUGAAGAUCUUGAGGGUGAUAAAUGAGCCUACAGCAGCAGCGAUGGCCUAUGGUCUCCACAAGGUUGACGUGUUCUAUGUGUUGGUCAUAGACUUGGGUGGAGGAACUCUUGAUGUGUCGUUACUGAAUAAACAAGGAGGGAUGUUCCUAACUCGAGCAAUGUCUGGAAACAAUAAACUUGGUGGACAAGACUUCAAUCAGAGGCUGCUUCAGUAUUUAUAUAAAGAGAUCUAUCAAACAUACGGCUUUCUCCCUUCCAGGAAAGAGGAAAUCCACAGAUUAAGGCAGGCGGUGGAAAUGGUCAAGCUAAACUUGACACUGCAUCAGUCUGCCCAGGUAUCAGUGUUACUCACUGUAGAGGGAGAGAACAGCGGGAAACCUCAGAAUGGUGACUCUGAACUGCCAACAGACCAGCUUAGCCCAGGGGAUGGUCACCAUGUGGACAGAGUGUUUAGACCUGGCCUUUCUGAAAGCAAGAGUGGAAAAAGUCAGGUUUUAUUUGAGACGGAAGUAUCCCGCAAGCUCUUUGAUACCCUCAAUGAAGAUCUCUUUCAGAAAAUACUCGUACCCAUUCAGCAAGUAUUAAAAGAAGGCCACUUAGACAAGACUGAAAUUGAUGAGGUGGUUCUAGUUGGGGGUUCUACUCGCAUUCCUCGGAUCCGCCAAGUUAUUCAGGAGUUCUUUGGAAAGGACCCGAAUACAUCUGUAGACCCUGACCUGGCAGUGGUGACAGGAGUGGCCAUCCAAGCUGGGAUUGUUGGAGGCUCCUGGCCUCUCCAAGUUAGUGCUUUAGAAAUUCCCAAUAAGCAUUUACAGAAAACCAACUUCAACUGAACUCUGAGGGAGUGUUGGUAACUGAGCUUGUCUUGUGGUGGUAAGGAUUUCCAUGUGACGCCUCCUCCAGAAAAGAAGUCCAUGAAGUCACUCAAAAAUUCCCAAAAAGACAUUUAUACAGGACAACCUUACAUAGUGUUUUGUUUUAGAAUGACCAGAUGAGUCUUGUUUGGGUGUGUUUAAAAAAAAAAAAAGCUCAGUAUUUCUAAAGUAACAGAGUUGAUUACUGGAUUCUGGAAGUAGGUAGCCAUCCGCACUUACUAGUCUGGAAACUUUAAAUCGUGCCAACUAUGAGGCCCAAGUUCUUACUGAAUUUUAUGAGUAGGGCUGAUAAUUUCUUUAUUUGGUUUUCACAUAUAACUCUUAAGGACUUGGAGGACUGUGAUGUCAGCUGUUUACACUGGCUGGGAGAUAGCAGUAUUAUUAAACUGCAUAGAUAGUAUUCACCAACUGCCAUGUGAUUUGUACUUUCAAAAAUCCACUCUUUUUACAUGUUUCAUCCUCCUAAUCUACAGAUUUUAAUAUAUUUGAAAGACCAGUUUUUCUUCCCAAAAUAGCUAAAGAUUUAUUCAGAUUUCUUUCUGCCAGAUAGUAGACAUGCCCUGUUUAUACUGUAGUCCUUUUUUAUCUUCAGAGCGUCAUUUUCUGCUAGUAUUUUCACACCUCUGCUUUGUAAGAAUAAAAAGACAGUAGAAAGUUACCAGUUGCCUUUUCAAAGUGUUGAUGUCACAAUAAAGCUGUAUUACUCAUCCAAGACCGUUGGAUAUUUGUAGCAGCUGUUUGGUUUUGGUUAUGUUGUUUCCCCUUUUCCCAGGACCAAACCUAGAAAUGCAAGACUAUAGUCAAACUAAGUAAGACAUUGAGGCAAGGGGCUCACAAGUUCAAAGCCUGUCUGAGCUACCCAGGAAGUUCUAGACCAAUAUAGGCAACUUAGUGAGAUCCUGUUCCUGUCUCAAAAGAACUAGAGGGAGAUAGGGAGGGGAGGAGAGAAGAAGAAAGAAAGCCAUAUGGCCACAAGGGCCAGUGAAGAAAAUACUCUGGUUACUUUGUGAUGCCCAUGUUAUUGGAAGAUAUAUGUCAUUAUAUUUGCUUCAAUGAAAGUAUUUGCAUAUAAGAAUUUUAUCCUGGCUAUCUUGUUCAUUUAAAGUAUAUCCUGUUUAUCAGUGUUGUAAUAACUAAAGAAGAGAACUAAAACUUUGAACAAGAUCAAGCACUUCAGCUUCCCAAAGAGUAAUGCUGGAAGGUGGUAGGUUUUUUUGUUUUGUUUGUUUGUUUGUUUUUUGUUUUGGGGUUUUUUUUUGUAGCUUUAUUAAAAAAAUUUUUUUUCCUUGCUCAGUAGUGAAGUUGCCGUUAAAUAACAGUCAUUUCCAUGUACCAAAGCGCGUGCAACUAGGUAGAUAGAAAAACAUAAAAUGCCGUGCUUUUAUUUUACAACUAAUGGAGAAAUGCCAAAGAUGAGCCCUUCACGCAUUCUGAAAAUAUUCAAGACUGUGAAUCUUUGCUUUUUAGAUUGAAAAACGUUUGUGAACCUGUUUGAGGCUACAUGUACUACAGUCUCCACAUGCACUUUGAAUUCUCACGCUAGCCAUUUAGGAUUAUAAACAGCAAACUUGAAUUUCUCAGAUGUAUGACAACUCAAGACAUGAACAAAAUCAAUUUGCAAAAUGGAGCAGAUAAAUAAUACUAAAAUGGGAAGAUAAAUAUUUGUUUGAAAAAGCAGUAUGGUGGUGUUGGAGGUGGGGCUAUGUCAUUAGCAUCCUCUUCCCCAGUAGUUACAAUGGUAAAACCAUGAGAGAAAUUGUCUUCAAACAGUUGUUAGAGUCGUGUAUACCUAAUCCUGACACCAGUGUAGUUUAUUUAAAAGGUACAAGUGAAUCCUGAAAGGGGCCAUUUGUUAAAAUCCGGUAAUACUUUUCAUAAAAUUUGCUUUUUAGUUGUACAUUUGACUAAAGUUUUUUAAGUGUGUAACUUUAAAAAUACUAAGUAAUAUGUAAUUUAUUUCAUAUCAGUGUUUUGGUACUGUUUUCACUCAAACCACUUAUCAGAUACCACUGUGUAUAAUAUGAAUUCAAUAUGACAGUUACUGUAUAGAACAGAUUGUGCCUCUUAAAAAAUGUGUGUACAGGUAAUUCAUAUUUUGUUGUAAAUCUAUACCAUUUGCAGUUUUGCUUUUAAAUUAUGUACUUUAUUUUCCACCCAUGACUAGCUUGAAGUAUAUUUUUGAUGUAUAUAAAUGCAAAAAGAGAGAGAGCCGAUGUGAUGCUUACAGAUGUUCACUAGCAAGUGAUAAAAUUUCAGAAGUGUCACAUAUUACUGCAUCCUAUGUCUGCUGGCAUUUCUGCUGUUUUCUGCAUAGUUCUAAUUUAGAAGAGCUAAUUCUUAUGUAAACAGUUUCUUUAGAACUUUGAUUAACAAACUAUAACUUGUAACCAGUGGAGUUAAGUGCUGACUUGAUCCACAAAGUUAAUGAGUCUGCGUACCCCCGCCCCCAAACUGUAAUCUUUUCAGUUGACAGUUAGUACUUCAUAAUUUUCUAAUAAAAUCUGUGUUAUUCUUUUGGACAAAUAUUGUUUUCUAUCUUAUGAUGUCUUAAAAAUAAGCCCCUGGGGCCUUAUUGGAUAGCUCUGUGUUUUAGAGUACUUGUUCUUGCAGAAGACCCUGGUUCAAUUCCUGGCUCCACAUCGUAGCUCACAAUCAUCCGCCACUGUAGUUAUAUCA